AGAAAACGCAGGAACCCUCAACUUGAUCGCAUAUCAAAUCUGGCCGAGCGAGAUACACGGACCCGCGCGUCCACUGCGGCCGCCGAGAGUACCGACGCACCAACGCUAUUCUGUGACGCCCCACUCGAAACUCCCCCACACGACCGUCCGAUCCCCUGCCGGUGGUUUUUUACGCACUCGACCAUGCCACAAGAACACCGACCGUCGUCGAUUUAUGGAAGCACGGGGUCGUCGCACUCGCGUCCGGAGCUUGGAUCGACCCCUGUCUCGAUCGCUGGCGGUGGCUGGAUCGAAUCCCAGCGCCUUUGCGACAAAGACGUCAUCACGGCUGUCGAGUACGAUCGGCAUGGCGACUACAUUGCCACGGGCACGAAAGGUGGGCAGAUUGCCGUGUACAGCAAGAACUCUAGUUCGCACCAGCCAGGUCGGUUCAUGCAGUCGCAUCAAUCGGCGGACCAACGACGCUUUACGCCGUACAAGACCUUCCAGAGCCACAAAGCCGAGUUUGACUACCUCAAGAGUCUCGAGAUCGAAGAAAAGAUCAACCAGAUCCGGUGGUGUCGCCCGUCCAACGACGCGCUCUACUUGCUCUCGACCAACGACAAAACGAUCAAGCUGUGGCGCUUGCACAAUCGCGAAGUCCGCACCGUCCAGCAAUUCAACCCGACCAACACGUAUGGCGACAUGGUCCGCCUGCCAGUGCUCACGCGCGCGCCGCCCGUCGCCGUCGCGACAACCAAAAAGGUGUUUGCGAAUGCCCACACGUACCACAUCAACUCGAUCGCGCUCAACAGCGACGGUGAGACUUUCCUCUCUGCUGACGACCUUCGCAUCAACCUGUGGCACACCAACGUAUCCGACCAGUCGUUCAACAUCGUCGACAUCAAGCCCAACAACAUGGAAGAGCUGACCGAAGUCAUCACGUCGGCCGACUUUCAUCCGUCCCAUUGCAACAUCAUGAUGUACAGCACGAGCCGCGGCGCUGUCAAGCUCGGCGACAUGCGCGCGUCGGCGCUCUGCGAUGCGCACUCGAAACUGUUUGAAGACCAAGAGGACCCGGCGGCGCGCAGCUUCUUCUCGGAGAUCAUUGCGUCGAUCUCAGACAUCAAGUUUUCGCCCGACGGCCGGUACAUCAUCUCGCGCGACUACUUGACGCUCAAGGUGUGGGACAUCAACAUGGAGUCGCGCCCGGUGCAGACGAUUCACAUCCACGAGCACUUGCGGCCGCGGCUGAGCGAUCUCUACGACACCGACUGCAUCUUUGACAAGUUUGAGUGCGCAGUGAGCGGCGACGGCAAUAACUUUAUCACGGGGUCGUACAAUAGCGAGUUUCACAUUUACGAUCGGUACGGCCGGAGCGACUAUUGCUUGAACCCGGUGUCGACCGCGGGUCGCCGGCGGUCGUCGGCGCCGCACCAUGCGAUUUCCAAGACGCUGGCCAACGGAGGCGACAGCGACUCGCUCGACUUUACGUCCAAAGUCCUUCAGACAACAUGGCAUCCCACGUCGAACGAAGUGGCUGUCGCGAUCAAGAACACGGUGUAUUUGUACUCGGCGAGGCCGGACGCACCGCACCCGAUCGCGUCGGUCAAAGCCAGCCGAAAAUAAGACGACGUCGAUGGCCGGCGGCACAUGUCCUACCAGCACUUGCGCUGUUCGUUGGAACGAGUUGGUUGUGCAUAAGACAACGAGUUGUUUAUGUUUCGUCCACGA